CCCGUCUUUAAAAAACCAUCAUGUUGGCCUCUACUCUCGCUCGUCGCUCUGUAGUCACUGUCAAGUCCAAUGCCGCUCGUUCACUGUCGGUAUGGUCGAGCGUUCCCGCAGGUCCGCCCGACCCAAUCCUUGGCGUCACCGAAGCUUUCAAGGCCGACAAAGAUCCCCGAAAAAUCAACUUAGGUGUCGGUGCUUACAGAGAUGACACGGGAAAACCCUACAUUCUACCCAGUGUUCAAAAGGCUGAAGAGAUUAUUACUGCCUCAAAACCCGAUAAAGAAUAUUUACCCAUUACUGGGCUCGCCGAGUUCAACAAAAACGCGGCCAAGCUCGCAUACGGAGCCGACAGUGCAGCACUGAAGGAUGGUGUGAUUGCUAUCACGCAGUCUAUCUCUGGUACUGGUGCCCUCAGAAUUGGUGGUGCCUUCCUAGCCCGCCAUUAUCCUAAUGCCAAAGUCAUCUACCUUCCUACUCCCUCCUGGGGCAACCACACACCAAUUUUCCGAGAUUCUGGCUUUGAAGUACGUCAAUACAGAUACUUUGACAAGAAAACAGUCGGACUCGAUUUCGAAGGACUCAAGGCAGAUUUGAAGGCGGCACCCGAGAAUUCUAUCGUGCUCCUUCACGCCUGUGCUCACAACCCGACUGGAGUUGACCCUACUCAUGAACAAUGGAAGGAUAUCUCUGACAUCGUCAAAGAGAAGAAGCUCUUCCCAUUCUUCGACAUGGCUUAUCAGGGCUUCGCAACUGGCUCCAUUGCUAAUGACGCUUUUGCUGUCCGUCACUUCACCUCUCAGGGCCAUCAGGUUGCCCUUGCUCAGUCAUUCGCCAAAAAUAUGGGUCUUUACGGAGAACGUGUCGGAGCUUUCUCACUCACAACUAGAGACCCGGAGGAGAAGGCUCGUGUCGACAGUCAGCUGAAGAUUGUUAUCCGACCAAUGUACUCGAACCCGCCCCUUCACGGAGCCAGAAUUGCGAAUGCGAUCCUUAGCGAUAAGGCGUUAAAUACUCAAUGGGAAGGUGAAGUCAAGCAAAUGGCGGAUCGCAUCAUCGGCAUGAGGGAGACGCUGUACAACAUGCUUUCCCAUGAGCUGAAGACCCCCGGUGACUGGAGGCACAUCACGAGCCAAAUUGGCAUGUUCAGCUUCACUGGUUUGACAACUCCUCAAACCAAAGCUUUGGCUGAGAAGGCCCACAUAUACAUGACUGCUGAUGGUCGUAUUUCGAUGGCAGGGCUGAACGCUGGAAACAUUCAUUACUUUGCUCAGUCCGUUGAUGCAGCUGUCAAGGGCAAUUUAUAACUGUAAUCUACAGUAGAUUUUGGUGCACCGCAUCGGGACAGAAUUCUGCGAUUAAUAGAUUAGACAACUAGAUUUACUAGACUUGAAAUAGACCUGUUAUUGGCAUUGUGAG